CCAUACAUGCUUUGCCGCUCUGACUCCGCCAGUCAGCUACCAUGCGUUACCUCCUUGCCGCUUUCCGCCGUAACCCCCGGUGUCACAAGUGUAUACCACAUCCAAUCAACUGCACUCCUAUCGCGUACUACCGGCCGCAGAAACCUCUACCGGCUCCAUCGCCACCAUCUCCGCCGAAACCCCCCAAAAAGCCGGCGAAUUUCACCCUCCACGGCGAGUCAUGGGAGGACCCAUAUAAUUGGAUGUCCCAACUCAACGACAAGGUUGCGAUGCGCCACAUGGAUGUUUACAUGGAGCAAGAGGAGAAGUACACUGAAGCAGUCAUGUCUGACACCGAACGCCUUCAGUCAAAGCUUCAGUCGGAAAUGGCUUCUCGUAUGGCGAAUGAUCUUUCAACCCCUCCACUUCGGUGGGGCCCUUGGUUGUACUAUAGGCGUGUAGAAGAGGGGAAACAAUAUCCAGUUCUGUGCAGGAGGUUAGCUAGCACAAAUGCAGAGUUCAUAUCUCACGUAUCUCCCUCAUCCGGGUUUGAUUUUACUUCUGGAAAGAGAAUUGAGCAAAAACUGCUCGAUUACAACCAAGAAGCUGAAAGAUUUGGAGGUGUUGUUAUGCAUAUGAAGAAUUAUCUGAAAUAUCCCCUGAUCACCGAUAUCUUGCAUACACUAUGUACGAUAAAGAAAAUGAUUUAUUUAAAUUAUCUGUAAGGGACUUAAAUUUGGGCUCUCCGUGUAAUAAGCCUCAAGCUGAUCAUGUAACAAGUAUAGCUUGGGCAAUGAAUGGACAAGCUUUACUCUAUGUUGUUACUGAUCAUCAAAAGCCUUACAGGUUAUAUUGUAAUAUGCUUGGUACAGGCAAAGAUGUGUUGCUUUUCGAAGAGCCUAGUACUAGUGUAAAUAUGCACAUAAGGCAUACAAAGGACUUUCUCUUUGUCACAGUAAACGUGCUUGCAAGCACAUCUUCUAAGGUCUUUCUGAUAGAUGGCUCUGAACCUUUAUCGGGCCUUAAGCUUGUUUGGGAAAGUGAAGGGCUAGCCAAUUGCAUAGUUGAACAUCAUCAUGGUUGUCUUUACAUGUUCACAAAUGCUGCAAAAAAUGGCAAACCUGUUGAUUCUUACUAUCUUUUACACGCUCCUGUCAAGUAUCCACUAGAUCAAAAAACAUGGGAGAAUGUUUUGGUUGAUGAUUCGGUGGUAAUUGAAGAUGUUGACUUCAGCAGCACGCAUAUGGUGCUUGUAGUGCGAGAGGGACGAACGUAUAAACUUUGUUCUGUUCCUCUGCCUCUGCCAAGUGGCAAGCUAGGGGUUCGACUCCAAGAACUUAAUCCACAGUUUUUGCCUCUCCCGGGAAAUGUAUGCCAAAUUUUACCGGGACCAAAUUAUGACUUUUGUUCAUCUACAAUGCGAUUCACAAUUUUAUCUCCUGUGAUGCCUGAUGCUGUUGUUGAUUACAACUUAUCCACUGGAAGUUGGAAUAUAGUUCAACAACAAAACAUGUUUUAUGAAAGAACAAGAUCACUAUAUGGAUCAGAUUCUUUUAGUGACGAGAUGUCAUCUACCAUAUGCCUCAGUAAAGUUGUUGGUGCUGAAAAUCAUCAUCCAUGGAAUGAUCUCUCUGAGAUUUAUGCAUGUGAACAUUAUGAUGUCACUUCUUAUGAUGGGGUAGCCGUUCCUUUGACAGUUAUAUAUUCUCGAAGCAGGAAAAAGAAAGCACAAAAUCCCGGGUUACUUCAUGGACACGGGGCUUAUGGUGAGAUCCUGGAUAAACGGUGGCGUACUGAAUUGAAGAGCCUGCUUGAUCGUGGUUGGGUUAUCGCAUAUGCUGAUGUCAGGUUUAUUUUAAGUUUGUUUUGGUUACUCACACUUGUCUUCUUAUUGUGGUCAGGUUUCAUGAUAUGCAGGUGGCUUUUAUAAUGUCAAUCUUGUAAUGGAACAUGACUAUAACAACCACUCUGUAUCUCAACUCGUUCCCAUUUUCAAUGUUACUGGAAAUAUCCUAUUAUCAUGACAUUUUUGAAUUCCAUCUCAUUAUUCCUUAGGUUGUGACCGGAAGGGUAUCUGUAGUAAACUUCACCACUUUCUUUUCUUUUGAUGAUAAGCUGCCCAAAUCACAUUACCCUCUCCAAUCAAGACACAUACUGUUUGAACCCAAAUCAGAAAUAUAAAUCGCCACAUCAUCAAACCACGCCCAAAGACCAGCGCAGUUUAGUUUGAUAUGGCCUGCUUAAUGUGCAACUUUAUGGUUGCAUGAAUUUAUUUACUGUAUUUUUAUUUAUCAGGGGUGGAGGUGGCGGGGGUAGAAAGUGGCAUGAAGACGGCAAAUGCUCAAAAAAGGUUAAUUCCAUUCAUGAUUAUAUAGCAUGUGCUAAGUAUCUCAUAGAUGCAGAAAUUGUUGAAGACACAAAGCUAGCCGGUUGGGGAUACAGUGCUGGAGGCCUAUUGGUUGCAUCCGCCAUUAAUUCAAACCCAAACUUAUUUCGUGCUGCCAUUUUGAAGGUUCCGUUUCUGGAUCCGAGCAACACACUCAACUCUCCUAUUUUACCACUUACACCUGCUGAUUAUGAGGAGUUUGGGUACCCCGGGGACAUUGAAGAUUUCCGAGGAAUACGAAAAUAUUCACCUUAUGACAAUAUACAAAAAGAUGCACAUUACCCAGCUGUCUUGGUGACAUCAUCAUUCAAUACCCGGUUUGGAGCAUGGGAAGCAGCAAAGUGGGUUGCUCGGGUGCGUGAAUACGCCAUUUAUGAUCCUAAGCGCCCGGUGCUACUAAAUUUGACGGUUGAGCUAGUUGAGGAAAACAGAUAUCUGCAUUGCAAGGAGUUGGCAUUAGAGCUGGCCUUUCUCAUCAAGAUGAUGGAAUGAAAUAUAAAACAAAAUUAGCAGCUUCUACCGCGAAAUCCCAUUGGAAUUUCAUGAUGGGAUUAUAAUCAAAUCAGCUUCCUUGAUCCAUCUAUCUUUUGCGCCCAAGUUUGUAUUUUCCCUGAGAACUUCUGCAAAUGAUUUGAUCAAGAGGAAGCAGCUCAGAAGGCAAAAUGCACGAAGAGCGCUUGCCUUCUAUAUAAGCCCAAACGCCCGCUGCCUAUUGAUGCAACAUUGUGUGUGUAAUUGGUAUUGUACCACAUAACGUCUACGAUCCAAACACCUCUCAUGUUUCACCAUGUUUCUUAACUUUCCUGAAGUUAAAAUAUACAUUUAUUUUCGGGACAGAGGGGUACUCUGCAGUUUUUAUAUUCCCGAUAGAACUAUUGUGUUAGGAGGCCAAGUUCACAUGCAAAUGAACAUAGUGCAUCCCC